AUGACGAUUAAGGUGGUCGUUGGAGGGUUUAUUUUGCACAUUAUUAGUGCUUACGCGCCCCAAGUGGGCUUGGGCGAGGAGGAGAAAAGACCUUUUUGGGCGGAUUUGGACGAGAUGAUAGGAGGUUUACCGCCCACUGAGAAGCUAUUCAUCGGAGAAGAUUUCAAUAGACACAUUGGUUCAAUUUUGGGGGGAUAUGACGAUGUGCAUAGAGGUUGUGGUUUCGGGGAAAGGAACGGAGGAGGAGUUGCACUGUUGGAUUUCGCAAAAGCCUUUGGGCUGGUGGUAGCCAAUUCGAGUUUCCCGAAGAAGGAGGAACACUUGGUAACCUUUCGUAGUUUGAUGGCUAAGACGCAGAUAGACUUUUUACUCCUUAGGAAGGACGAUAAAGGUCUUUGUAAAGACUGCAAGGUGAUUCCGAGUGAGAAUCUAACGACCCAGCAUAAGCUCUUAGUGAUGGAUUUGGAAAUCAAGAUGAGGAAGAGAAACUGA